UGCGUGUGUUGUGUGAUGACGCGGUGGUCAGGUGUUGCCUCAUAUAACGAGGGGAGCUGUCCAAGUGCUGAAAACAGAAGAGAGCAGAACCGCUUCCAGAGGAGAUGCCAUACACCUUCACUGCUGUCUGAGCUCUAUUGCCAAAGGUAAUAAAUAGCCUAUAAUGCUGCAUUUCCACCACAAGUUGCCCACGGGGGGAGCCGUGGUCCUGCUCGCCUUCCUCCUCCAGGGAUGCGCCGUGCAGGCUGCGUCUCUCCCCCGCCACUACAGGCUCCGAGGCGGGGAGAGUGAGGGGAGCCCGGCGGCCUACCCACCGAGCUCCGACAUGAUCAAAGCCCUGGAGUACAUUGAGAACCUGAAGCAGCGGAACGGGGGCCGACCUGAACCCGUGGAUUACGACGAAGUGGACAAGUUCAGGGUCCUGCUUCAGCUCGCCUCGCAGCAGGACGAGGGUCCCGGGGACCGCCAGCCUCCCGCCCCAGGCAUGCAGAGGCAGGACAUUACCGCUGAGCAGCUGAUGAAAGCCCUGCUCAAGUCUCUGCAGGAUCAGGUCGGGAAAGAAGCGAAACUCAGCCCCGCAUCGGCGCCCAGGAACGACCGCCGCACGCACAGGCACCGCACCAAAGACACUGAGAUCCCCGAGAGCGCACCGGUAGACUACGGUAAUUUCCCCAGACCCCAUAAGAAGUAUCCGCUGAUGUUUGAGGAUGAGGAGAAUACAGACGCUUCAAAGAGAGCCACAGAGGACCUGGACGAGCAGUACACACCCCAGAGUCUUGCCAAUUUACGCUCCAUCUUUGAAGAGCUCGGGAGGAUGCCCACAGUCACCGGCCAGAAGAGAGACGUGUUCGGUGACGACGAUGAUGAGGAAGAGGACGGGUUCAGCCUGAGAAACCAGGCCUACGAGGAUGUAGCCGGAGGAGAGGAGUGGGUCCCAGUGGAGGAGAGGGAAGAGACGGAGGAGAUGGUCAACGGGAGCCAUGAAGAAAUGGCAAGGGCGCUGGGGGACCAGGAGGAAGCAGAGAGGGAGGAGAUGCAACGCCGGGCCAGCCAGAACCAGGAGGAGGCUGAUGAUGACACUAAGCUGGUAGAUUACUACCUGUUGAAGGUCCUGGAGAUGAGCGACCAGACGCAGAAGAGGGAUAAGACCGGGGAUCAGAGAAAGAGACUGAUCCGCCCCUCCAUUGUGGAUCCUCGGACAGUGAAGGAGCUGCUGGAGCUCUCCCUGAAGCUCCACGUCCCUCCACAGGACCUUAUCGACAUGCUGCUCACAGAGGAGCUCAGAAAGCUCCACCGUGAUCCCCAAGCCUCAGCCCGCUACACGACCGGCCAGACCCCCAAGAUCAGGUACUUCAGCCGCAGACUGCCGGUGAAGAGCAAGACGGCCCCUGAGGACAUGGACAGAGAGGACUUUUUAGACAUCAUCGGAGUGGAGACCAUCAGCAACGAGUAUCCCGUGGUGCAGAGACCCAUGAAGACAUCUCCCUCUUCGGACAGAAUCCCAUUGGCGCCCAACCCUGCUGCAAAUUCAGCUCCAGUUAAAAUCCCCCCUCCGUCCGGACGCAGGGAGAACCUCUUUUUAUCCGAGCUCAACAAAAUGCCCCUGAAACGCCAGGCCGACGGUGCAGACGAUGACGACGAUGAUGGUGACGUGGAAGACGAAGUGACGACGUACCUGGCUGCCAAAAUCCUAACAGAGUACCCCAACACCAUCACCAAGCGGGACACCCAGGCGCAGCUGAAGGGGCAGUUCCCAUACGAGCUUUACGAGCGCGCCUUGAAGGACUACUUGGGGCAGGCGGACACUGAAAGGAGGCCACUCGCCAAGAGGGAAACCGAGCUGGUCACAGAGGAGAAAGUAAAUUCCACAGAGAUGCAGGGGAAAGAGGAGAUACCGGCAAAAACCUCGGCUCCAAAGAUCGUGAAUGAGGAAGAGGAGGAGCACCGUGAAAAAGCAGUGGCAGGGAUGUAGCCUGAUCCCCUGCAAGACGCACGAAAUUAUGAAUAUAGUAUUUAUACUGUCUCAAAAAUAAAGUUUGGUGGACGUGAUCUAGUUUACAAAUUUCUAUUAUAUGAACUAUAGCUGGUAGGUAAUAUCACCCUAACGAAAAUGAAUAGGCUAUAGCAAUCUUACAGGUCCAAUACAUUUUUUUUUGAAUACUACUAGUCCCUACUUGCUGCAAGAACAUUUUAGAAAUAUUAUAGUGAUAUCACAGGAGAUUAAAGGCGCAAUCCGUGCACAAAUGACAAACAGGUAUCCUCGAAACACUUUUGAUUGGGUGUUAACCCGUUGUUGCUCUCAUAUCUACAAUGAAUACAUUGACAAAUAUCAAAUGACAAGAACAUCCAAGUUAUUAAGGUUUUGUGAUGUUGUUCAAAGUUUGUUCACAUUAAUGGUGUUUGUAAGCAGGCCUAUAUUUUCAACUAUAAUCAACUGAGUAAUGUUAAAAAAAAAAUGCUUAUUUUUCAUGUCAAACUAUUCAAACAACAUAUGUGAAUAUACAUGUAAAUUAUAAAGUAUAAUGCUGACUGGGCCUUUUAAAAAGCAUACAGUAUAAUGACAGGAGUACUAGAGGAAUAUUAUGGGGGGGGUUUCAUUUGGCCAGUGUGCUGGGCUGAAAACGAGUGUUGUUGUGACUCGUUAUAUAUUCAGGGUUAGUGGAUUUAAUGUUAUUAUUAUGGAUGAUUAUUUCCAAGUCUAAAUAUAAAGACCGUCGCCUGCCUUCCAACCCUUUCAUACUGCGAAGCUCUGUAUUGUUGGCCUACCAGUGGUUGUGCUAUGUAUGCUCAUUUUUAAACCAUUUUGUACAUGUUCAAUAAUGUAUGAUGAAUCACAGAUGAAUAAAGCAUCAGCUGUA